GCUUGACGUUCCCUUCUAAGAGAACACCAAGCUGAAAAUUACCCAAACAGAGGUGCCAUCCCCUCUCCCCCCUAUCCCUCUUUCUUGUUUUGUUUUUUAGUUUUUGUUUUCUGAUUCUGAUAUUCUAAAUCGAAUCAAUUCGGGAGUAGAUAGAUACUUACAGAUAUGCAGGCAAUCUACCCUCCAAAGGAUUUCCAGUCUUUACUUCGGCCAUCUGGGCCGCGGCUGGCGCGGUCGACCCGAUUCGCCGUCCGCUCUGUAUACCGCUCUGACUCGGUCCACUUCCCGAAUGGAGUCGGCCCCAACCGUGCAGACUGGCAAAGCUCCUGUGCUAUCCUUUCCAGCAAGGUUUCCGCCGUAGAUCAAACAUCUGCCGACAAAUCCAACGCUGCAGCCGUCAACGGGCAUAAGAGUCCCAUUGACCUCAAUCUCGUCCCCAUUGACAAGAACAAGAAGCCGCAGCCUCCCUCUACGACGCCGCCGCAGAAACCCCUUACCAUCACCGACCUCUCCCCAGCGCCUAUGCACGGCUCCCAGCUCCGCGUCGCCUACCAGGGCGUUCCUGGCGCAUACUCCGAAGCUGCUGCAGGGAAAGCAUAUCCUAACUGUGAGGCCAUCCCCUGCGACCAGUUUGAAGUCGCGUUUCAGGCUGUUGAACUCUGGAUCGCGGAUCGUGCAGUGUUACCCGUCGAGAACUCUCUUGGUGGAUCGAUUCACAGGAACUACGACCUCUUGCUCCGUCACCGCCUCCACAUCGUCGGCGAAGUGCAGCUCCCAGUUCACCACUGCCUUUUAGCCCUCCCUGGAGUGCGCAAGGAGUAUCUCACCAGAGUCAUUUCGCAUCCACAGGCUCUCGCGCAGUGCGAGCAGACUAUAACCAAAUUAGGCCUCAACGUCACGCGCGAGGCCGUUGACGACACAGCCGGCGCGGCCGAGUACAUAGCGAACAACGACCUCCGCGACACGGCGGCCAUCGCCAGCGCACGCGCCGCCGAGCUUUACGGUAUGCAAGUACUCGCAGACGGGAUCCAGGACGACUCCAGCAACGUGACGAGAUUCGUGAUGCUAGCACGGGACCCGAUCAUCCCCCGCACGGAUCGGCCGUUCAAGACGAGCAUCGUGUUCGCGCACGACAAAGGUACCAGCGUGCUGUUCAAGGUUCUCUCCGCGUUCGCGUUCCGGAACAUCAGCUUGACGAAGAUCGAGUCGAGGCCUCACCGGAACCGCCCGAUUCGGUUAGUCGACGACGCAAAUGUAGGGACGGCGAAACACUUCGAGUACAUGUUCUACGUCGAUUUCGAGGCGUCGAUGGCGGAGGUGAGGGCACAGAACGCGUUGGCCGAAGUCCAGGAGUUCACGUCAUUCUUGCGGGUGUUGGGUAGCUAUCCAAUGGACAUGACGCCUUGGUCUCCGUCCCGGGAAGAUUAGCGUUUUGCUCCGUAAAGGCGUUAAUCAUCCCACCCCCAGAAAAAAAAAAAAAAAAAAGCUUUAUUUUUAAUUAUUUGGGGGGAAAAAAAAAAGGAUAAAAAGGGGGAAAUUAGUUUUCUUCUUUUUUUAUUUCUUUUUAUUUGUUAUAAUUUUAUGAAAAUUUUUAAUUCAUCAAUGGAUCCAACAACGUAAAAAACUUUGUUGUUGGUCAUAUUGUGCCGUAAAUAUAUUUUUAUAAAAAAAAAGGUCUGAAAACAUGUAUUUGACCAAUUAAGUUACAACUUUAAA